ACCACAAAGGGCAGUCAAGUCUUGAUUUUCAAGGAGAAAGCCUCUGAUAAACUUUCGCUCAGCCGCCAGGAGAUCUGCUGGUUCCUGGGAGGAGCUCUUCUGAAACCUUGAAGAUUCAUAUGCUCUUGAAGACCCAGAGCUGUGGAUUAUAGUAAUUGAAAAGGUUUGGUGGUUUUGGAAGAUUACUCUGUUUUUGGUGUGCUCUCACGUUUCCAGGCUAGGGCACCGAGCAGAGAAACCCCUUUUGUUAUCUUUUGAAAUAAGAAUAUCAGAAGGGAAGACAGGUUUGAACUGUGGAUUGGGGUUGGGGGUCCUAAAUCUUUGCCUAUCACCUCCGCCUAGAUCUUUAUAAAGAGAUCGAAGAGAGCAAUGAAGUUAGGAAAUCAUGCAACGUUUCCUUGAAGCCUGUUCUGGAACCUAGCUUCCGGGCUCAGAAACUUCUCCAAAAACAGACCAGCUGCGUCGGGCAGUCUGAAUGGACCAGCAUCUUUGCUUUGAAGAUUUUCAGUCUCAUCUGCUGAGAGGGUCAUCUCUGCAAAGAUCUGUUUGCUUUUUGGCAAGUGAUGGAGAAACGUAAACAGGCCGGAUUACUGACCUUGCCGUACCACCUGCGCCCAGUGCCCCUGGCCGUGCCGGGGUCCCUGCCCCGCCUCCCUCUGCGGGAUCCGUUCAGGAUCUCCUUGCGCCUGGACACCGCGUGCUGGGAGAGGGCGCCGGGUGGCUGCGCCCCAAGACGGCCCUACCUGCCCCUGUCUCUGGACGGUGCCUUCGAGCCCGCCUUUCUCCGCAAGCGCAACGAGCGCGAGCGGCAGCGCGUGCGCUGCGUUAACGAGGGGUACGCGCGCCUCCGAGACCACCUGCCCCGAGAGUUGGCCGCCAAGCGCCUCAGCAAAGUGGAGACGCUCCGCGCCGCCAUCGGCUACAUCAAGCAUCUCCAGGAGCUGCUGGAGGGCCACGCGCAGGGGCAGGAGGGCGCCAGUCCCCCGUGCAGGGCCGAAUGCAACAGCGACGGCGAGUCCAAGGCCUCGUCGGCGCCCUCGCCCAGCAGCGAGCCCGAGGAGGCGAGCAGCUAAUGAGCGCCCGGCCCGCCCCUCGCUGCGCCGCGCGCCUUUUCGGUCGGGUCUAAGGUUCUCUCCGGAGGUGGUUUACAUUUGUAAUCUGGUUUUUUACCUCCAGAACUAAAUCUUAAGAAAAAGAAAUGAGUGCCUUAGAGGGGAAAAAAAGAUUUUGACAUUCUGGUUGUUUCCACCUCCCACCUCACCCCCCUUACUGGUUAUGUGCCUGUGACUUAAAGGCGCUUAUUAAAGAGAAACUUCCUUCUUCUCAAAUACAAACUGUACCAGAUUCUGAACGCCUCAAAGGGUGAAAACAACAGGAAUUUGCCACAGUCAGCGGGGUGGGUAAAUUAAGGACGUAAAUACUAAAAUAAAUACAACCUUAAACAAAGAAUUACCCAAACUAAAUAAACGACAGCCCUUAAAAUGAGAGGAACGUUUUCCUGCAUCCUUCCUUUGGGAAUUGAGGAAUUUGAUAGACACCGUGCUUUGGAUGAAGGUGACUCCAAGCUGACACUUGAGAACACAUUUGCCAGAGCGCGUUGCUGGACCAGCCUGUGCUGCUGAGUGUCGGAAUGGCAGUGCUAGAGAAGACAGUUCAUAUUUGAAAGAUCCUCGUUUAUCAAAAAGUGGUCAUUUGGAAACUUCAUAGCAUUUAGCAGAUAAUAACAUGUUAGUGUCAGUGACCUUUUUUGGAAGAAAACUCAAGAUUUGUACGAAAACUUAUUCCUCUGAGUUCUGUCCGUUGUUUUUUCAUUUUCCUUUUCUUUGCAUACCCCCUUGUUCUCACUUCAUGUAACAUUUUGUUAAAUGUGACCUUAAAAAAGAAAAAAAAAAAAAGGAAACGCUUGCAUGGUCGAAUGGGAGGGAUUGAGGUUGGUACAUUCUCAAACUUUUAUCACCUUGAGGCCUUCCAGGUAUAUACUGAACUUGUCUAAUGACUUUGGUAGUUUUUUUUUUUAAUACUUAAUUCUGGUCAUUUUUUUCCCUGAGAAACAAUUAUAAAUUCAGUAGAUAAGUCAAAUGCUUGUUGACAUGUGAAGAUAAGCUUCCUCUCUCUAAAGUUGCUUCCUAAUGUGCUGAAUUUCCCUUUCCACGGAGACGCUUUGGUAUGGGGUGAGAGGGUGUAGGGGUGCUGGGAAAAGGACAAGGAGAGAAAAGUUACAAUGGUGAGAGCCGGUUCCAGGUAUUAUUUCACUUAACCCCUACACUGAGGUAGGUUUUAUUACUCCCCUUCUACAGAUGUGUCAACCCAGGGAAGCUAAUGAACAUUUUUGAUGUGCCAGAAGUUUUGUUGUGUGCUUUACACAUUUUGUCCUAUUUAAUUCUCAUUAAUCUGUGAGGUAUUAUACAUAUUUUAUGGCUAAAAACAAAAAACAGAGACUCAGAAAGGUCCCUUGCCCAGGUUAGUGUUGAUAGGAUUAGCUGAGCUGAAAUCCAGUCCUAAGUCAGCCUGACCCCAAAGCCCAGGCUGCUUUCUCCCUGACCAUGCUCUCCCUUGCUCUGUCAUUUGCUAGCUAGGUGACAGCAAAUGCUACUUAACCUCUCUGCAACUCAGGUUCCUCGCCCUCGUCCAUACUAUUUCACAGAAGUGUAGUUGAAAGGCUUGGGUAAUCUGCAAGAUACAAUCCGAUGAUUGUUUGUAGUGUUACUGUUUGGAAAAAGUACUGUUAAAAUGUAUUAACUGCCAAUAUUUAUAAUGAUGAAUACACUGGGGUUCUUUUGUUUCUGGAUGCUCAGUUAAAUGCUGCGCAAUGAACGAUUCACCACCAAACUACUUUUUCUUAAGAAGCAGGCAGAGCCUUGUGGUUUGAAUAAGCAAGAUGUAACAGCUAUUUUCUCUUACUCAUUAGGUAGUUACAUCCUCACAAAACUCCAUUUUGUUCUCCAGGCAGGUUGUUAUUCCAAAUGGGGGUUUCAGUGAAGCAAGUGUAAGUGACGUAUAUUUACUAAUUAGGAAAAAAAAAAUGGGGAAACAUUACCUUCCUGGCUGAGUUGGAGGAGAGGCUAAAUGACCAAAUUGUUAAUUGGGGAAUCUUGAGAGACUUUUUUUCAGGGGUCUUCAAUAGGUGGUAGUAACACUCUCCACUCCUUUAUUCUGCUCCAGCCAAAGGGCAGUCAACUUGACAUUCUCUUUUCUGAAGCAGGAAUAAUAAGAAUAAAAGAAUGUAUUUUGUUUAGUCUAUACAGACUAUGUGGUUUCUUUUUAAA